GUUAGACACUAACUGCAUCAUGGGAGAAGAAGUGGAGAUGGUUGAGGAGUAUAAUAAUAAUAAUAAUAAUAAUAAUAAUAAUAAUACAUGUUAUUUAUAUAGUACUUUUCUAAAAACUCACACUUUGCAGGAUUUGGGGAAAAUUACAAACAGUACUUCAGUACAUCAAACAAAAUCAUAAAAGGUAAAAAAAAACAAAAAACUUAAAUACAUAGCACUGGACAACAACAGAGUGUCUUCAGGUGGAGACUUUUUUAGAUUUGCUGUAAUACAGACUGCUACAGAAGACCCUAUAAACAGCUAUUAGCAUCAACUCUUUGAAGAACCUUGGGGGAUAUGAGUUACAACAACAUUUAUCUUCCAUUUGGGACUAAUAAACUAUUUUGGAAUGGAAUUGAAUUAUCUUUAAAAUAUUUUUGAAAUAAAGCAAGAGUUUUUGCAGCCAAGUAACUAUGGUUGCCUAGAAACAAGUGAAGAACAAGGGAAACAAUUUAAAGAAAUACAAAAUGAGAGUAGUGAUUUGCAUUCUUGCAGCUCAAAGAGGUUAAACUUUUUGGAUUUUAUUGUUUAUUUUUCAUAGACUCGAACAGUACUUUCUUUAAUAUUUUACAAAUUACCAACAAAAGAUUACAACAUCAGAGAUUUACACCCAUUGGAUGUUGGAUGCCUAUGCAUAACUUGGUAUUGUAUUGCACUAUUAUUAUUAUUAGUAGUAGUAGUAGUAUCAGUUGCACAAAUGAAGUAUGAAGGGUUUGAGAUAAUUGAGAAAUGAUUUUAACUUUUAUAUGAAAAAUUUCAAUACACUUCCAUGACACUUUUAAAGUUUACAAUGUGGAUUCAUUUAUAAUUCAAUUGACUUGAUUGUUUUCACUUCCCAGAGUGCCUUGCAUUAGCUUCUUUGUAAUGCAGGCAUGGGGAACGUUUUCUUACAUUUUCCUCAGGAUGAGUACACUUAUUUAUUCUCAGAUUUCUGCAGAGCUUUACAAGCAGAAAGAUUUAGAGCAGAAUCACAUCUCAGACUUGAAGAACACCACCCCCUGAAGAUCGAGUCAUUUUGAGGUAGUGACUCCAGGACAGGAGAGCAAAUCAUCCAAGGUUCAGCAUAGAGGGUGUUAUCUUAGCUCUCUAAGAUGACAGAACCAACAAGACAUCAAUCUCAGAAAUUUCACAUUUACGAUAAAAGGCAGACUGGAAACAAGGUAGAUCAGCUUGAAGGUGGUUACCAGGAAGUUAUUGCUGUAACUAUCAGUAAAGCAUUCUAUUUGUGUCUGCAGGUUUUUGCCUAUGAAGAGGAUGAGCACUUCCUUGUUCAUGGGUUCUAUCACUUCAAGCAUUUCCCCUGUGACAGCCCAGUACGUUUCAUGAUACACUCCCCUGCAAUUCAUGCCUUCAUCAGCCUCCACGCAGACAACAAAGUAAGCCUUUUCAGACCUAAAUGCUAUAGGGAGACCAUCUGGAGAAGAAUGCCCUUUUUGGGCCUGACUCCUACAAAGGUCCUGGGAUGGAUAAUAGGCUGGGGCCCCGGGCCCAUCUUCACUCUCCUGGACAAUGAAUUGCGGCAUUUGGAUACUGCGGACAACGCUCUUGAUAUUCGACUGUGUGAGGCGGCGGAGCAUUCCUGGGAGCUGGUUACUGUAGGCUUUGGGAACGUGUGUGUGUGGUCGGUGUUGCUCAUGAGGUGCAGAGUGAAGAUACAGGAAGGGCUGCAGCAGAGAGCUUUCACUCACAUGGCAUUGGCUCCUCCACAGAAGAAGAGGCCUCACCGUGCCUUUGUUGCAUGUGGAAUGGAGGUUACUGUGAUCAACCUCGAUGAUGGGGUGGUUCUGGAUCACCAGGAGGAACUCUGUCCAAGUGAAAUCACCGCAAUGUUGUUCUGCACCCAACUUGACUGUUUGAUCACCGGUUUCCAAGAUUAUGCCAUCACGGUCUGGGGUCUUGACUGGGUUCCACGUGUGACUUUUUUUGGACAUGAUGGUGUGGUGAAUUCGCUGUACUAUUGCUCCAAAACAAACCUGCUAGUCUCAUGCUCUGCAGACUGCACCAUCCGUAGCUGGGAUGUAAAAAAGAACUUGGCAAUCGAUUGUUUCCACACAGACCAGAACAACCCUCCACUGUGUUUGGUUGGCAUAAAGAACGAACACCCAUUUUUCUCUUUUUCUGACAAAGGUGUGGAUCUUUGGUUUCUAACAGCUUGGUACACCCUCCACACAAAGAUCAAAGGGGAUGAAGACAUCGCAUUGAAACAAAUCUUAGUCUCACAUUUGCCUCCUUGCUACCCAACCCGAGUGACUUGUGUCAGUGAAGAUGAUCAUAUCUAUCUGGUUUCUGCUGGAACAGAAGAAAUGCUGACUUCCUUUAAGGCAGGAAAGACGGUAUUAUGUGCUGCCUACUGCCUUCAAAAAGAGCUUUUGUUUGUCUUGACUCAGGGUGGUACCUUAUUGCAAGUCAACUCACUCGCUAAUCCAGCCACUUUGAUACAAGAAUGGGAAGGCAGAGGCCGGGGUCCCUGGCCAAUAUCAGACACUCUAAGUAAAAAGGAUGUCCAAAAUCUGCCGGAGCCUGGCCCCGCCUGUUGCAUGGUGACUUACAGCUACUUGGGAGACCCUAAGAAGGCUUUAGAGAAGUGGAAAAGUUUAAAAAAUGGAAGAGGCAGCAGUCAGAGGGACAGCAAACAUAUUGAUCAUUUCAAGAAUAAAUUUUGGGUUAUCAUUGGCCAAAGUGGUGGCUGUGUGAGUGUCCUCGCAAUGGAUGAUGGGACGCUCCUGUACAGAACCCCUGCACACAAGGGCAAGGAUGUCACAGCAAUGAAGGCCUACUCGAAGAACAACUACCUCCUCUCCUCGGGUGAGGACUUGACGGUGGUGGUGUGGAGAAUUCACCCCGAUGCUGCAACGUGUCUCACCCAUUGGCAGACGGUGAUAUGUUAUGAGCCUCAGGUCUACCUGGCGGCCCUGGAGCUGCAGGUGGCCCUGGCGUUUCAAGAGCCUAACAGCAAGUCCUACAGCCUACAACUCUACCAUGUGGAAAACCUGAAACGAGCAGAAUGUCAGCAAAAAAAUGCACAUAUAGAUUCCCUCACAGGAGUGUGUGCAAUUCCUGAAAUAAAGGCAUUUGCUUCCUGCAGUCUGGAUAAGACAGUUCGCAUCUGGAAUGAGAAGAAUAAGCUCAUCUGGUUGGACUUACUUCAUAUCUUCUUUUUAACCCUGCUUUAUUUUAUUUACCAGAAUGUUUAUGUGUUUUGGGUUAGGGUUAUAAAAUUAUCCACACUACUUGAACUUUUUCCAAUUUUGUCACAUUGCAAUCAUAGACUUCAAUGUUCAACUCUGUGAAGGGAAAGAUGUUAAAUUUAUACCAAAAGAGUCCAAAAGUAAAAUAUUUAAUCAUUAUGCAAAAUGUUGUUUAAAGAGGUAAAAUUCACAUUGCAUCCCCCUAACCUUCUUUGUGUUGGUGUACAACAAAAUAGGAACAAGUUCAAGGGACAUAAACACUUUUGCAAGACAUUGCAUAUUUUAGAAUAAAUAUUCAAACACCAUAUAUUUUGUUUUCAGGGUGCAACAGCUUGUGGCAGCACCUCAGUGUAUGGAAUACAGUGGAAACGGGGAGCUAUUUCUGGGCAUGAAUGGGGACCUGUACAGGCUAGAGUUUGCACAGUUUCUACCAAAGAAAUACCAACGAAUGGUGCAACUAUUGGCUGCUUAUUAUUUACCUGAAUUUAAAAAUUGCACACAGGCAAGUUUUAUUAUCACUAUGCCUGAUUUUUUUUUUCCAGCUUCGCUGCUACUAUUUUGAAAAUGUCCUUUCUGAGCUGCCUACUUCUGAGGUUGAAAAAACACGCGACAAAGCAGAGUAAGACAGGUUCCACUUUCAGGUUACAAUAAUAAUGCAAUUAUCUGAAUAAGUUCUGAGCACUUUUGUAUUCUAGUAUGUCAAUUAGUGAGGCAGAAAGAUUAAAGGAAGCUAUCAGCAGCAAUGAGGUAAUGAAUAUAUACCUGCAGCACGACAAGGUGAGUAUAUAAAAAGGUACAUUUUAAGAUCUGCUGAACACAGUAAUAAUUAAAAUACCUGGCUCAUAAAUACAUUUUUUCCCACCUGUGUCAGAGGGCUUCAGUGAUCAUAGACAUGGACCUGAAGGCUCUAAUAAAGGGAGACGUAAUUUGCACACAAAAGAAAACUCACAGUACUAAACAAACCAAGAAAGAGGCCUUUGACCAAUACAUGCAUGAUUUAUAUGGAUUGUCACCUUGUGAGCAGGUAUAUUUCAGCAAAAACUCUUUUUCACCUGAUUUUCUCAAGUACUUGAAAAUAAAUGAAACUGUCAAACAGUCCAGUAUAUAAAUCUCUAAUAUACUGAACUAGUUUUCAGUGAUUCUCAAAAGUAUGCAAGCAGGUCUCUCUUGAAAAGUAAAUCUUGCAUCUCAUUGAGACAGACUGUUUAAACAAAGGUCAAAUAAAUACAUUAAUGCACAUCCCGGUUAAAUGGCCAGGUUUUGUAAUGUUAUAAGACCGGAUGAAUGUGACAUAUAUGACAGAUCCUUUAGGAGUGAAAUAUAUAUAUAUAUUUUAAAGAUGAAACACCCUGCAUAGAAGGAAGAAGUGGGCAAGCCCUUAAAUUCCCUAUUGUUGAAGUAGAUUUGAUUUGUUUACAGUAAACUUUCCAUAAUGAGAUCAACCUGAAAUUAAGAUGUACUCUCUCAAUAGUUUUUUUUUCUGACAUUUUCUGAUUUGCAUCAUAACAUGUAAAAAAAAGGCAAGGUUUAUUGGCAACAGAGUGCAUGUCAAAUUUAAGGUGGAAAAUGUAGAGAAAUCAUUUAUCAAUCAAUUAAUUAAUCAAUUUUAUUUAUAAAGCACCUUUCAUACUAAAAGCAGCUCAAAGUGCUGUACAGAUCAAUAAAUAUAAAUCCACAAAAAUAAACAAUUACCCACCCACCCCCACGUGUAUAAUUGUACACCAGGGUUGUUUACACACUGGACAUCCUGUUUGUUAUUUACAUGCAAAAGAUUUUUUUUCUUUCUUUUUUUUGCUACUUUAUUUUUUAUGUUGAGCACAUUUGCAAAAAUCAUACUAAUUUGUGUUAUUGGCUGUUAAACACUCUGCUUUUCAGACUGGUGUAGAUGAAGAAGAUUUUGAUGAUAUUAUAAUGAAGUCCAAAGCACGUUUAAUGCGAACCAUUUACGUUCCAAAGCCAAAACAAUCGGUCAGUCCUGUGGAAACUGAAGUGCCUGCAGAAAAACAGGUAUAAACCUUCACAACGUCAAUAUUUUUUAUCUAUUAAUGCUGAUUUAAUUUUCCUGUAAUAGAUAGCAAAGUGACAGCUUUAGGAGAAAAUCUAUGACACUUGUAUCAUUCUCUUUUUUCUGUUUGUAGUCACAGCAUUUUCCUCAUUUUUUAAAGUUUGUUUUAGCUUUGCUUCUUUAAUGUUUCAGAUCAUUGAACCAGUGUCAAUAUCAGAGAAAUAGAACAAAUAGUAAAUGCAAACAGCAAUUUUGAACUGAUGUUUUACAUUUAUUAGAUGGGAAAGGCUUUAUUGACCAAUGUUGCUCUAUGUGAAAAUAUGCGGCCCUUGUUAAAAAAUACGUUAUCUGUAAUUGAUUGCAUUUUACUGUAGGAAAGCCGAGUUCAAUUUCACAAGCUAGAUACAGGUUUGAUUAUUGCCAGAUCUGUAGGACCAACAAAUAACUUGAGAACUUGUCUAAAAACAUGAAGCGGGCUUAAAGGUGCCAAAAACCAAAACAUUGUGCUCCAAUCUAAAGAAAUUCAAGAGUAGAUAAAAAGGUUGCCUAGCUACAGUAACAGUCUGGAAAAGGUGGCCGAUAACAGGAAAUGCAGAAACUUUGGAACAGUAGUGAAU